UUGCAAUGCAGUCACUUCAUGAAGUGCAAACCAGAUCCACAGCGUAACGAGAGCAACUCGAAUUUAGUGCGAGCUUUUUACAACUUUUGCGUUCCGAUCUAUUUUUAUUACUCAUGUAGUUCCAUUUAAGGAUAAGUCAUUAUAACAAUGUCGAUCCCUUCAACUCUAUUAAAUUAUGAAACGGAACGUGUCAAGACAUUCGAAGGACGAUGGCCUCUAUCGUGGAUGGAUAUGAAUCUACUAGCGCAAACUGGAAUGUACUACACGGGCACAGAUGAUACAGUUAAAUGUAAUUUUUGUGGUGUCGAAAUCGGCCACUGGGAGGAGCCGGAUCAUCCGGUCCUUGAACAUAUGCGAUGGUCCCCGAAUUGCCCGCUGAUGCGAAGACGACAUACAGCCAACAUUCCAUUAGAUGAAGCUGUACUAGAUAGGAUCCUCCCACCUGCCACAUCUGUUGAUGGCGGUGAAACUGAAGUUCCAAAUAUCUGGUCUCAAGCUCACCCCGAAGAAUCAUUCACGCAACCAAUUCGAUUUCUUAGUCAUCCUGAAUAUGCUAUUGAGACUGCACGCCUUCGAUCGUUUGCAGAGUGGCCCAGGACAAUGAAACAAAAACCGGAACAAUUGGCGGACGCUGGCUUCUUCUACACGGGCAUUGGCGAUCGAGUGAAAUGUUUUAGCUGUGGCGGUGGAUUAAAGGAUUGGGAUGAAUCGGAUGAUCCAUGGGAGCAACAUGCUUUGUGGCUAGGCAAGUGUCAUUUCUUGAAAUUGAAUAAAACUCAAAAGUAUAUUGACUCCGUUAUUGCCAAAUUCAAAUGGAGUAAGAAGAGUAAAAUGAAAAACGACGACAGCAAUACAUCGAGUACCAGUAUCGUGUUCAGCGAUAAUGAACAUUCGUCGCAAGAAUUAGAAGCAGCUAAGGAUGAUGAAUUGAAUUCCAUCGAAUCAAAACGAAAAGGAGGAAGUUUCGAAUUGCGUGACAAAUGCCGUCAUAGUGAUAAGGAAAAGACAAUUCCAGAUGACAAAGUUUGUAAGGAAAUUGUUGCACUUUGUAAUACAAAAAUGAGUAGGUCGCCAUCAAAUUCGCGAACGAACUUUCGGUAUCUUGACCGGAUAUUUCGUCAAAAUUCAAACCACAUACCAACACUGCCAAACUGUCCGGAUAUGAAGUACAACCACGAGCAGGAAAGACUUAAGACCUUCGAGAACAAAUGGACCAAGGAUUUUAUUGACUAUCAUGUCUUAGCUCGGACUGGAAUGUACUACAUAGGUCUGCGAGAUUGUGUGAAAUGCCAGUUUUGUCACAUAACCAUAUCCGAAUGGCAGGUCGGGGACGAUCCUGUUUGUGAACACUUUAAAUACUCCCCAACAUGUCCUCUCCUGCGACGUGAGCGUACCCGAAAUAUACCUUCAGACAUUGGCGCUCUUAAUUGUGCUCUCCCGCCAAGAAGUCCUGAUGAAUGUGGUCGUAUUCGUAUACCUCCCGUUGAUGAUAUUUCACCAAAAGCUCCCCCUGUGCAAGUGAUUCCAGCUUUCCCCCACUACGCGUUGGAAGAAGCCAGAACUACAACGUUUACUGAAUGGCCGAAAGUUAUGAGACAUAAGGUGCCAAGUCUUGUGGAAGCAGGAUUUUUCUACACAGGUCGAGGUGACCAAGUGCAAUGUUUUAGCUGUGGAGUGACCAUCAACGACUGGGAAGAAGAUGAUGACCCCUGGGUGCAGCAUGCAGUUUGGCAGCCUGACUGUAAGUUCCUUCAACUCUUGCGAGACAAGGAGUUUAUUGAAAGCUGCGUCGCAAAUUAUACGGAGAAGGAGAAAACGGGCAGUAAGCGAAUUGAAAUAGAAAGGAACCCCUACGACAGGCAAAUAUCAAUGGCGUCGUCAUUAGGAACAGGAGAUGCUGAUGGGAACAACCUUUGCAAAUUAUGUUAUUUGGAGGAGCGGAAUACUGUUUUCCUACCCUGUGGACACGUUGUGGCUUGUGCAAAGUGUGCAUUGUCUGUAGACAAGUGCCCUGUUUGUCGGCUUCCAUUCACUGAUAUAAAUAGAUUGUACUUUUCAUAGUUAACCUGUUCAAUUAUUUGUGUAUUAUUUGUAUUAUACUAGUUACUACUUCAUUAAAUUGUUGAUAUCGACUUUUUCC